UUCCUGGAGACUGGCUGAAUCCGGAAGUGAUCCCUGAGGACCGAGUUGUGGUGGAGGACGCCGGUGGCCGGCCCAGGUUCAGGACCAUGAGCUGGAUUCCUUUCAAGAUUGGGCAGCCCAAGAAACAGAUUGUUCCCAAAACAGUGGAGAGAGACUUUGAAAGGGAGUAUGGAAAACUCCAGCAGCUGGAAGAACAGACCAGGCGGCUGCAGAAAGAUAUGAAGAAGAGCACCGAUGCUGACCUGGCUAUGUCAAAAUCUGCCAUGAAGAUAUCCCUGGACUUACUCUCCAAUCCUCUCUGUGAGCAAGACCAGGACUUUUUGAGCAUGGUAACAGCCCUUGACACAGCUAUGAAACGAAUGGAUGCCUUCAACCAGGAAAAGGUGAACCAGAUCCAAAAGACGGUGAUCGAACCCUUGAAAAAGUUUGGCAGUGUCUUCCCGAGCCUCAACAUGGCAGUGAAGCGGCGGGAACAGGCCUUGCAGGACUACAGGAGGCUGCAGGCCAAGGUGGAGAAGUAUGAAGAAAAGGAAAAGACAGGACCAGUACUGGCCAAACUCCACCAGGCCCGAGAAGAACUACGGCCUGUGCGGGAUGACUUUGAGGCCAAGAACAAACAGCUCCUGGAAGAGAUGCCACGGUUCUACGGCAGCCGCCUCGACUACUUCCAGCCCAGCUUUGAGUCGCUGAUCCGAGCACAGGUAGUAUACUACUCGGAAAUGCACAAGAUCUUUGGAGAUCUGACCCAGCAGCUGGACCAGCCAGGCCACUCAGAUGAGCAGCGGGAGCGAGAGAAUGAGGCCAAACUGAGCGAGCUCCGAGCCCUCUCCAUCGUAGCGAUGACUAAGCUGGAAGCCCUCACAAGUCCUGGGGUGCCCUGGGGCACACACAUCCUCUCAUCUUUGUCCUUAGCAGGCGUGAAUUCAUGCUUCUUUUACCCACUGACCAGCAGGUUGGCGACAGAGGUGGCCCCUGCUCUACCUCGCCAGCCCUUUGACCGAGUGUCUCCAUUUCCUGAACCUGGCACCAGGAGCCCCAAACAAGCGCCAUGUCCCAACCCCAGCCCCAGGGGCUUUUUUACCGUCCAGAUUAUGCCAUGGUCUUGGGCCAAAGCAAGCUUGAGCACUUGGAGGGGUCUGGGUUUCCUCAGUGAGUUGAAGGUCUUAAGACCUGCUUUCACCGUGGGGACUGAAUCUACCUCCAACCUGGGGAGCCCUCUGGCCCCUCCGGCCUCUUGGUCCCCAGACUUGUGUUCCUGGAUGAGCCAAAGACAUGCCCUGGAAGUGGCUGGAAAGCUGUGGUUCUCCAACCCCAGCAGAUCUCUCACUCUAGCACCACAGGCUAGUUCUGUGCCGGUCAACCACAGGGACAAGCCCUAGGUAACUAACUGGGACUCAGUGCUCAUCCUGCAACACAGAAUGUCAAGGCCUCAAAGCAAGAAUAGUGGAUUUGUGGGUCACCUGGAUGUUUGGAAUUUUAUUUUUUCAACUAAAGUUUCCAGUAAAAUGUCUAACUAGUGUGCUGUAACUUAUGGCAAAGGGAGAGCCACCGUGGCUUUGCAGGGUCUUGCCAGCUUGACAGAGGGCCUUCACUCAGUGGCAGCCAGAGGUGGCCCAGAGUGUGAAGGCUCAGACUUCCCACGGCCUGCCCACCUUCUUGAGAGAACAGCCGGCAGACAGACGCUUGGGCGGGGACAGGCGGGCACAAGCAGCCUGGAAGAGGAGCAGGGAGAGCUACA